AUGACGUCUACUCAAUCUCUGUCAGCGUACUGUUUUGUUUCAAAUAAUUCAGUGCAUUUCGUUCCCAUAAACACGUUCAAUAAUAUUUCAGAUAUCAUAUUGGACCAGAUAAAUGAUCAGGGGACAGAUACUCAAAAGGCUGAAAAUCAAAGUGCAACAGGCAAUAUCAUAUUAGAAAAAGAAAAGCACAUGUCAAGAGACCGCACCUCCGAUCACUUGUCUCCUGAAUUCAAAUAUAAGAACUUGUUGUACAAUCUAAAUAAUCCUUCUUUGUCUGAUAUUGACUCGGAUAGUCCUAAUGAAAAUACUAUCAACAAAGUUGACGCCCACAGGAGAAAAGGAGUGAGAGAGCAUUCAACUAAUUUUGAACUUUCGGGCCAGAGCAUUUCCAAUAUAAUUGAAAAUUAUUCUACUCAUGCUGUCUAUUGGCCAAAACUUUCCAUUGACUUGACCGUAGACAUGCAAAGUGGCUACGAGGAAAUAAAAGAGUUCUUGCUUAAACUCUUCCCAGACUGGAAAGAUUCCCACAAAAUUAAAAUUAAACAACUAACCGGAGGUAUCACGAAUAUGUUAUUACAAUGCAUUCAUAUUGGGACAAAAGAGACUAAACUCAUGAGAGUAUAUGGCCCAGGUACCAACAUAAUUAUUGACCGUGAUAGAGAGUUUAUUCUGCAUUUAAUACUAAAUUCUUUGAGCCUUGCUCCUCCGAUCCACGCUAGAUUUAAAAAUGGGCUAGUUUAUGGCUUUCUCCCUGGUAAGUCGUUGGAUCCCGAAGAACUAAGUAAACCCAAUAUCUAUCCCUUAAUCGCCCAACAACUCGGUAAUUGGCAUAGAAAGUUAGAUACACGAUUAAUUGAAUCUGGGGUCGAAGAGUUACGAAACUUCAGAGCGAAGAAGUUGAAAAAAAAAUUUAUUUCGAAUAUUUGGGAGUUGAUAGAGGAGUGGAUAAACAUUGUUCCUAUUACUUCUAAUUUAUUGGCAACGUUUGACGAAAAUUUAGAGAAGGAAAUAAACAAAUCCAAUAUCCGUGAUCUGAUCAAGGAAGAGUUCUACUGGCUCAAAGGUUCACUAGUUGAGGUUCAUUCUCCAACCGUAUCUUGUCAUUGCGAUCUUCUUUCCGGUAAUAUUAUUAUUCCUAGCGAAUUCUCAUUCGACGACACCUUCAAGAAAUUGCCAAAAGUAGAGGCUAACCCAAUCAAGUUUAUUGACUAUGAAUAUAUUUUACCAGCUCCAAGAGCUUUUGAUAUUGCUAACCAUUUCGCAGAAUGGCAAGGAUUUGACUGUAAUAGGUCUGCAAUUCCUGAACCUUCUGUUAAUAAUCCAAUGCUAGUCAAAUGGGUAAAGUCUUAUUUGGAUAACGAAUUAGCCACUGAAGAUGAAGUUGUACGAUUAAUUGAAGAAAUUAAAUUCUACUUUGGUUUACCAGGGUUUUACUGGGGUAUCUGGGCGAUGAUACAAAGUGAAAUUUCAAACAUUGACUUCAAUUAUGCCAAUUAUGGUAAGCUCAGACUACAAGAAUACUGGGACUGGAAGUCCCUUUUCUUAAAAGGGCUCGUUACCGUUAAAUAA